AUGAGCGUCAGCUUGGCUCUCCAAAUUGGAGUUCCUGCUGCCUGGGCUGCUUCUGUCAAGGACUUUCGCCUGUGGCGUCUUAUGUAUCAAUACCGACCUGUGCAUGUUGAGGAUAUCGUCGUACCAAUCGUACCUGCGGCCGGGUUCAAUCUUACAGAGUUUGGAACCAAGAAUCCUCCCAUUAAUCAGCCCAUCAAAAAAGAUCUAGAUUUCUACGCUACGGUUCGACGAAGGCUCAAACGCGCAAUGAUAACCAAGAACAGUCCUAUAACGAAAGAAAUUGGAAUUACUAUGAGACUAUAA